AUGAAAUGUUUUCAUGAAUAUUGUACUGAGAAUUUAUUAGAAUGCUCACUCGUCAAAUUUAAUAAAACUCGUCUUAAUUGUGUUGAAAAGAAUGUAGCAUAUGAAGAGAAAUAUUUAAAUAAAAAAAAACACUUUGAUAGUUUGUUAGAUUUAAAAUUCUGCACAAUAAAAAGUAGAAAUAUAUUUAUCAAGACAAAUAGAUGUGAGCAAAAUUUUAGAGAGAAGGGGAAGUAUGAUUCUUUAAGUGAUAUUUCAAAUGAUUAUUUAAUAGAUAGUAAUAAUAUUAAAGAUAAUAACAAAAAAGAAAAAAAAAAAGAAACUCAACCAGUUAUAAAUAAUAAGAAUCAUGUUUUAUUAAAAAACGAAAUAGAAUAUUCUGUUUAUUUUAUAUCAAGACAAUGGAGUGAAGAAUAUAUUGAUGAAGAUAAUUUGGAAUACUCAAAAAGAAAUGACCAUAAGAAUAUAUUUGUUUCUAAAAGUUAUGUAAUAAUAGGAAAACAUACUCAUAGAAAUUCUAUAUGCUUAUACGAAGAAAUUAUUGUUGAAAUUUUAAAUUAUAAUGUAGAUUAUGAUGGUGUUUUUGUACAGAUACAUGUCAACAAAAAUCAGAAAAAAAUAUUUUUAUUAUCAACCAAAGAAUGUGUUAUAAUUUAUUAUAAAGAUUUUGAAAAACAAAAGAAAAGAUGUGAAAUGGAAAGAUCGAAAAGGAAAGAUAUUAUAUUGUUAAGAGAAAAGGAAAAAACAAAAAGAAAAAAAAAAAAAUUUAAAAUAAAUCCAAUUAAAGGAUAUCUUCUUUUACAUAAUAAAAAUUUUUAUGUAUCUCCUAAAAGAAAAAUAAUUAAAGCAGAAUGGUUUAAUAAAUCAAAUAAUAUAAUAGCUUUAUUAACAUAUGAAAAAUAUUGUUUAUAUGAAUCCUAUAGCUCUAAUUUUAGAUCUGUCUUUAGAUUAAUUAAUGUAAAUAAUAUCCCUUUAGAAGAAGUCAAAAUUAUUUUACCAGAUAUCGAUAUACUUCAAAGUAAAAUAAGUGGUAAUCUUGAUUUAUUAAAAAAAAAAUAUAUAUCUAAUAAAAGGGAAGAUAUGAAUAAAAGCAAAUAUAAAGAGGAACACCCUAUUAUUCCACCUUCAUCAUUAGACAAGACAAAUGAUAAAAGCAAUGUUAAAAAUGUUUGUUUAAAUAGUACUAAAAAUUAUGUAAGUUAUGAUAAUACAAAAGAAAGUGAAUAUGUGGACAAUUCUGAUUGUUAUUCAAAUGAAAACACUAAUACUUUAUCGAGAAGGGAAGAAAACCAUAAAGAGGAAGGAGAAGAGGAGAGGAAUAAAAAAAAAACACAAAAUGAUGAUAUAUUAGAAAAUAAUAAAAGGCAUCAAAAGGAUGAGCAUAAUAAAUUGUGUAAUAACAAUUCUUCGAUGAUAAAUAAAAUGAUGGAUUCUUUAGAAUCAUAUGAAUGUAACUUAGAUAUGAAGGAAGAAAAAAAACAAAACAAAACAAAAAAAAAAAACAAUUAUUAUGAUUUUAAAAAUAAUUCUAGUGAAUAUGUUGAAACAUCAAAUUAUUCUUCAUCAUUUGAUAUAUUUAAAGAAAAAAAUAAAAAAACAAAAAAAAAAAAAAAACAAAUAGAGAUAAAUGGUAAUAUGAAUGAAGGAUUUGAUUCUAUUAUAAAUUAUUAUAAUGAUGAUAUAACAAAUAAUAAUACCAAAGAAAAUGAUAUUCUUCCUAAUGAUUUUGAAAAUAAUGAAAAACGAUAUUUAUUAAAAAAAAUGAAAUAUAAAAAUUUAGUAGUAGAUUUUUCAUUCGGUACAAUGAAUGAACAAAUAUUAUGGAUAGAAACAUGUUUAUUUGUAUUAUAUCAAAAUGGAAUUAUUUUAGUAUAUACACCUGUACUUACAAAAAAAUGUUAUAUAAGCUAUUAUUUAUUAAACGAAAUUAAUGAAAUUAAAAAUAAAAGCCAUUUUAUAAUAAAAAAACACUUAAAUGAUGAAGAGAAAUAUAAUAAGAAGAAUAAAGAUAGUGGUGAUAAUAAUAUUAAUAUAUUUAAUAAUCAAUAUGUAGAAGAUUUUUUAGAACAUUUUGAUUAUUUCAAAUAUUGUACUGUAGAAAAAUAUAAAAAUAUGUAUGCUUAUGUAAAUUUUUUUGACAACAAGAAAAAAAAAAAAAAAAACAUAAUAAAUGAAUCUUUCAUAAUUCAUAAUGAUAUAAUAGAUGAUCUAAAAAAUUCAUCAAAAAAUAAUACAUAUCAAUAUGCUCCUUAUAUUAUAAAUUGUUUAAAAAAUUCUUUCUAUAGUAGUAUAAAUUUAAUAUAUUAUAAUCAUUUAGUUAUUGUAUGUGUUUGUGAUAAAUUUGGAUAUAUUUCCUUUUUUCUAUUAAAUUAUUUUCUAACACCUUUUCUCAUAUCAUUAAAUAAAUUCAAAAAAGAAGAAAAUAAACUAUUUUCAUUAUCCUUUCCUAAAACAAAAAAGAAAAAAGAACCUUUCUAUUUUAAUAUAUUUAAUAUUAAUCAAAAUGUUACAUUACAAAAAAUGACCUUACCAAAUAUGAUGAAUUUGGUUAAUAAGGAAAAGUAUGAUGAGUACUAUGACAAGUUAAAAAAUAAACUUACUCUUAAAAAUAUAAUAGAUAAAGCUCGAAAACGAAAUGGAAUAGUUCAAUGUAUGUAUCAACGAUUAACAAUAAAAAACACCACGAAGAAGGAAAAUAAAACAAAUUGGAUAUCAUCGGAUAAAAGUAGUAUCAUAUCAUCGGAUAAAAGUAGUAUCAUAUCAUCGGAAAAAACUAGUACCAUAUCAUCGAAUAAAACUAGUACCAUAUCAUCGAAUAAAACUAGUACCAUAUCAUCGAAUAAAACUAGUACCAUAUCAUCGAAUAAAACUAGUACCAUAUCAUCAGAUCAAACUAAAAAGGAAACAAAAUAUAUAAAAAGUAGUUGCGAUAAUAGUGAAGUUGAGAUAUAUAAUAGUACCAGAGAAAAUAAUGUGAAAAAUAAUAAACUAGAAAAAUUAAAACAUCUUAAAGUAAAAUUUGAGGAUGAUAAUAAAAGAAAAAAUUUUAAAAAUUAUGAAGAAGAAAAUAUAAAAGGUCAUAAAAAUAAAUAUGUAGAAUUUUACAGGUUGGAUGAAAAUGAAUCAAAUGAAGAAUGUAUUAAAUAUCAUACAAAUAAAAAAGAUGAUGAAAAAAAUUACAAAAAGAAAAAUACAAAAAUACAGAAAAAUAUAAAAACACAGAAAAAUAUAAAAACACAGAAAAAUAUAAAAACACAAAAAAACAUAAAAACGCAAAAAAACCAAAAUGACGUUAUAAAUGAACUUGAAGAAGAUAUAUAUUUAUCAUGUUAUGAAGAUAUAAAUGAUAUGUAUAAUAUAAAUGAUUAUAUUUUUAAUGAUUUUAAUAUGGAAUAUCGUUUAUUAAAUAUACUAUUAUUUGAUUCAUUUUAUACAGGAAUGAAUAAUGUAAAAUCUAUUGUUUUAUCUAAUAAUAGUUUAUUAUGUUUUAAUAAUAAUAAGGUUAUAGUACUAAAUUUAAUAUGGUUAAAAUUCUUGAAUGUUAUUUUUUAUUUAUUAUAUGUAAAGAAUUAUUUAUGUGCUAAACUUGUACAUGAAAUAUGUAAGAGUGGAUUAUAUAUGAAGACAUCUAUAUUUAAAUCGAUAAUAAAUUUUUAUGAAUUUGAUUAUUAUAAUUAUCUGUUAUUAGAUUUUACUAAACAGUUAUGUUAUCAUAAUUUUGUAAAAUUGUUUAAAGUAGAUGAAAAGGUUUUAUUACAUUUUCAAAAGCAGAUAAACAAAAACGAAAACGAUAAAAAUUAUAAAAAUUAUAAAAAUGAUAAAAAUAAAAAUAAAUACACAAGCAUGAACAACAACAACAACAAUAAUAAUAAUAAUAAUAGUAACAAUAGCUACAAUAGUAAUCAUAUUUAUUAUAAUAAUGUUGUAUCAAAUAAUUAUUCCAUCUUUAAUAAACCAAAGAAUGAACUUUUUGAUCUUUUCCAAUCCGAGGUGUUAUAUAAUGUACAAUAUAUUUUAUUCCCUAUAAUUGUUGAAAACGAUUAUAAUAUUUUAUGUAAUAAUAAAAAUGAAGUUUAUUUUAUUUUUAGUCAUUAUAUAAAUACAGAAUGUCAAAGGAAAUAUGAAUUAUUUAUGAAAAAUUAUAUCAAUUUCUUUACUUGUUCCAUGAAUAAAAAUUUAUAUCUUGUAUAUGAUUGUUUCAAAUUAAAUAUUAUUAAAAAUAAUCAAGAAAUUAAAAAAAAACAUAUUAAAACACAUAUACAUUUAAUAGAGAAAAAAAAAUAUAAUCCAUUCUGUUUACUAUCAGAAAAUAUGAACCUAAGAAAUUUUAUUAUUAAUACUACUAUAGUAAAUGAUGAUACAUUAGAUAUUUCUUUAUAUAAAUUAUUAUUUUCUUUUUUUAUGAAUUUGGGUUCAGUUGAUAGUACUAUAGAAUUAAUUAAAAAAAAUCUUAUAUACUUUAAAGGUAGGUGGAAUAUAUCUGAUAUACUAUUUUCUAAACAUUUUCAAAACAACCAAUAUUUUUCAAAACAUCAUAAUAUAAACAAUAAAUCAUUAAAGAACAAACAAAACAAACAAAACAUAUUUGAUAACAAAUCUAUUACAUAUUAUCAACACUCAUUUAAUUCUGAAUCAAAUAAAAAUUAUACUCAUAACAAUAAUGAUGAAUAUAAACAAAAUAAAAACGACAAAUAUAUAAACAAACAACAUGGUAAAGAUAAUACACACAUAUAUAAUGAUUCUUUACAAAAUUUUAAUCACCAACAAAUAAUUGUAAGUGUAUCAAACCAUAAUAAGAAUAUAAUAAAUCAAUAUGAAUAUCUAUACAACAAAACAAAUACACUAUAUACCCUUUCUUCUAUAGAAUUUAUAAAAUUCAUAUUUUUAUUAUUAGAUAAAAAUAUUUCCACCAACAGUAAUACAUUCUUUAAAAAAACAUAUAACAAUGAAAUAGAUAAUAAUUUUAUUCUAAAUUAUAAUUUGCCAAAAAAAGAUGAUCAAUUAAAUCCAGACAUUAUCAUAAAUGAUAUCAAAACAUUUAUUAUAAAUAAUGAUAUUAAAAAACAUGAAAAUUCUGAUUGUACCAUUUUAAUUAAAAAAUUAAUCAAAAUAAAAAAUAAUUAUAUAGAUGUUAAAGAUUACUAUAUAAAGAAAUAUAAUGGUAAUAUAAAUAAAUCAUCUAAACAAAUUAAUGAAAUCCAAUAUUUAGAAAAUAUAUUAAAAACAUACUACUUUUUUCAUAGUCUAAAUACAUAUUAUGAAAAGAAAUUUAAAAAAAUAAAAAAUAAAAUUAUUCAUCUUAUCGCCUUAAAAAUUAUCAAUUUUAUUAAAACACAUACAAGUAUACAGACUAUAAGUAAAAACUUGGUAGAUAAAAAUUCGUCUCUUUUAAAAGAUAUGCAAUUAUGUUAUGAUAACCAAGAGUUAAUAAGAAAAAAAUUUUACUUGAUAAAGAAGAAGAUAAUAAUGCAUAACCUUUUAAUUUCACAACAAGUAAGAAACACAUGUAUACCAGCAAAAUAA